CGGCAUCCCCAACAUGGUUGCGGAGGCUGCCAGGAUGACGCACAAGAAGCCUCCCGCCGAGGACUCGGAGCAGCCCUGAGGACCCGCCAGGCACAGCGGUAGCUGGGACUGAUGGCCGGGGGAGGGAUGCUGCCCUCCCUGCCCACUCUGACUGUGCUCGUUCCCCUCCUGUCCUUGGCAGGCUUGUUUUACUCAGCCAGCGUGGACGAAGCCUUCCCACAGGGCUGCACCAGCACGAACAGCCUGUGUUUCUACAGUCUCCUCCUUCCUGUUACAAUACCGGUUUAUGUGUUCUUUCACCUUUGGACCUGGAUGGGGAUUAAGCUUUUUAGGCACAACUAGUGAGAUGCGUUUGCUAACCCCUGGGCUUCUCUAAAUCAACGCAGCUGGUUUAAUCUCAUCGGGUAUUGCAGUUUGUUGGAGAGUUCCCUUUGGCACUAUGGACUGUCAUCAUUUUCUUGGUAGUAUCUGAAACUGUAUGAAGCAGCAGGCCAUUGUUACCUACUGCUAAGGCAGAUUUAGAGUAGGAGUCAUAAGAAGCGCUAAUUCCCUCUGUUGUAUCCCUUCAAGAGUGUUGUGCGUUUGUAGUGGCACUAAUGAAAACCACCUAGGUGGAAGUUGUUUUCAUGAGGGAGAACUGUACCCUGACUGAGAAAACUGAUCUUAAAUAAUACAUUAAAUUAAAAUAUGCAGUCUUUGAGAACUCUGGUUUUGUUUUAA